AUGUCCGACAUUCAGAACCGACCCUCCGCCUCGCGGGGCAGAGUAUCCGCCCGUGGUGGCCGUGGUGGCUUCAGCUCCAGAGGUGGUCGUGGUGGAAGCAGCAGAUCUGUAAAUGACAACUCAGACCUCUCAUCCUUUGAAGAGGGUGAAAUUGGACAGAUGAAGAAGAAGUAUUCCGACACUCUGCCAACUCUUAAGGAAAUGUUCCCGGACUGGAAGGACGAAGACCUGGUUUUUGCACUUGAAGACUCGAACGGCGAGCUGUUGGAAGCAAUCGAGCGCAUUACUGAAGGCAAUGUUUCUCAGUGGGGAGAGGUCAAGAAGAAGACCACAGACCGCACUCGCCCUAAGCCCAAGGAGGCCCAGAGCACCUCGACCGAGUCGAUCGCAGCUUCCGCUCGUGGAGCCCGUGGUCGCGGCGGAUUAGAGACCCGUGGACGUGCUCGCGCAGACCGGGGUCGUGGCGGUCGCGGUGGCCGUGCAGGAGCCGCUACAAAUGGAACUCGCACAGUUUCCAGUGCCGUAGAGACUUCAGCACCCAUUGCUACGCCUGCUACUACAUCUGAGCCAACUGCGCCCCAGGUGGACGAAACUACUGCAGACCCCGCGACUGACGGAGAUUGGGAGUCGAUUGAACAUCCCAAGAGUAGUGUGAUCCCCGAGGGCACAAAGAAGGGGUGGGCGAGCCUUUUCGCCAAACCAGCCCCUCCUCCGGUGCAGAAGAAGCCUCAGGCUCCUGCUCCUGCCCCCGCCCCCGUUGAGCAGCCCGCUGCACCCGAACCUGUGGCGGAACCGUCUGUUCCCGCCCCCGAACCUACUGUGCCAGCUGUUUCCCAGAAGACCCCCGUCGCCAAGCAUACCCAACCCGUGAUCCCCGCCGUUCCCACUACCACCGUCAACCCUCCCAAGGGCGAUUUGACCGAGACGAACCUUGAACAAAUCCCCGAUGUCUCCGCUCCCGCUCCCACCGCGACUGCCGCAAGCACCAUUGGCAGUGGCAUCGACCCUGUGGCCGCCGCCGCCGCCGUUACUCCUUCCCGCUUUUCCUCUUCCGCCUACCCUCCCAGUGCUACCAAGCAAGGUCGUACCCCCGGUCUCCAACGCCGCGUUAUGGAGCAGCAACAGGCCGUCGUUAUGCCCGGAAACCACGCCGUGGACCGUGCUGCGGUCCAGUUCGGUAGUAUGGGUCUGAACGGUGACGCUGUGGACAUUGACGAGAACCGCGAGGAGGCUGAGACCCGUGCUCAACCCCCGCAGCACUCUCCCGUCGCCCCCCGUGCCUCUCUCCCACCUCCGACCCAGGCACCUCAAUCGAUGGAGUCUGGUGCCGCUGGACGCCCAGCCCCUGGCCUGCCUCCCGUUCCUCAGGCCUCUGCCGCCGACUCUUUCACCGACUUUACUCGUUACUCUGAGCCCCAGCAGAAGCCCUUCGAUCCAUUCACCCAGCAGGUCAGCCAGCCCCAGCAGCAGAUUCCCGAGCCUACUCCCCUUUUCUACGCUGCCGACCAGCAGCGUUUCCCCUACUACGGCUCCUACGGCUCCUACGGCCAAACCCAGGACGCCCCCACCGGCCCCCGCGCUGGAGCUGGAUUCGGAGUUUCUGGUGCUGAGGCUCAGCCCCAAAUCCCCACUACCCAACCUCCCAGUCGCUACGGCCCCAUUGAUGCCACCAACAGCGGCCACAACACCCCUAACCCAACCGUUCCUGGUGCCACCCAGCAGACCCCCGCUGCUCAGCACAUGCCUGGCCAGACCGCGCAGCACGCCUAUGGCUACGGUUACCCUAACUACUAUAACAACCCUCACUACGCUUCUUACAUGAACCAGAUGAACCCUCAACAGUACAAUGGCCGCAACCGCCCAAUGUACGAUGAUGCUCGCCGCUACGAAGAUCACUAUAUGCAGCAGCAGCAGCACAGCCAGCAAUACGGUUAUGGUAGCCAGUAUGGUCCGUACGCUGGCAAGCAGGGGGCUGCUAGCAUGUACGGCCAGCCCCAUGGGGCCUUCUCCUACGACCAGCACUCGUCUUCCCCCGCCAACGCCGGCAGCUUCAGCCAGGCUGUGCCCACCCGUGACUCAGUCUACGGUCGCUCCGGCUCUGCUCAGCAGUCCGACAAUCAGUCUGCCACCGGUGCUAACUCUUUCGGCACCGGAAUGUCUGAUGUCUUUGGCCGCUCCCAGGGCGGCUUCGGCCAAAAUCCUCCUAUCGCUGGACAGCCCCCCGUUGCCGGCGAUGAGACCAAGGGCUUUGAAGCCCCCAAGGCCGGUGGCCCCAGCCCUUCUCUCGCCCAGAACCGUCCCGGAUCUGCUACCAACAGCGGCCAACAGGGCCAGCAGGCCUUCGGUAGCUACCCUCAGCUGAACCCCCAGUACGGUGGACUCGGUGGCCUUGGUCACCAGGGCACAACCAACCAGAACCAGGGCUCCGCAUACGGUAACUACAGCGGUGGCGGUUUCGGCAACUACUACGGAAACUCUGGCCGCGGUGGUUGGGGUGGCAACUACGGCCACUAA